AUGGAUCUCCUCUUUCCAUAUUUCCUUCACCUUGCUGUCCUCUGCAUAUCCCUUUCUCUCAUCUUUUUGGUCUACAAGAAGAAGUCCUCCAACAUCAAGUUUCCUCCAGGAAGAACAGGCUGGCCCAUCAUCGGGGAAGCCUGGGAAUUUGUAGUUGCAGGCAAACGAGGAACUCCUGAAAAGUUCAUCAACGAACGAAUGAAAAAGUACUCUGCAGAGGUGUUUCAAACAUCCCUUUUUGGGGAUAAUAUGGCUGUGUUCUGUGGUGCUUCAGGGAACAAGUUUCUGUUCUCAAGCGAAAACAAGUAUGUCACUACCUGGUUGCCACGCACAACAAAGAAAAUUAUAUGCUUUCCUGAGCAUGUUGAUAACUCUUCCAAAGAAGACACUGCUUUAUUACGCAGAUUUCUGCCUGAAUUCCUCAAGCCAGAAGCUUUGCGACAUUACAUUCCUAUUAUGGAUUCCGUGGCCAAGGAGAACUUGAAGGCAGAUUGGUGUCCACACAAACAAGUCAAAGUGUUUCCAUUGUCCAAAAAGUACACAUUUGCACUAGCUUGUAGAUUGUUUAUGAGAAUCAGCGAUCCCAAGCAUGUAACCAAACUAGCAAAUCAGUUUACUCUGGUUACUGAUGGGUUAGUUUCAGUUCCUAUCAAUUUUCCUGGUACAACUUACAACAGGGCAAUCAGUGGAGGCAAAAUGAUUCGUGAAGAACUUUUAGCAAUUAUGAAGCAGAGGGAAGCGGAGUUGAUAUCAAAGAAAGAAGAUGAUCUGAAAGUUAAGGAUUUAUUGACUCGCAUGCUAAUUACAUCAGAUGACAAUGGGAAAAAUAUGAAUCACAAGGAGAUUGCUAAUCAGAUCAUUGGUAUACUUGUUGCCAGCCAUGAUACAACCAGUAGUUCAAUCACGAUGGUCAUGUACUAUCUUGCCGAACAUCCGCGUAUCUAUCAGAAGGUCUUGAAAGAACAAACAGAGAUUGCAAUGUCGAAAGCCCCAGGAGAGUUGUUGAAUUGGAACGAUAUCCAAAAGAUGAAGUAUUCUUGGUGUGUGGUUUGCGAGGCAAUGAGGUUAUCUUCGCCUGCCCUAGGAGCUUUUAGAGAGGCUAUAACUGAUUUCUCUUACGCUGGUUUCACCAUUCCCAGAGGAUGGAAGGUGCAUUGGAGUGUACAUUCAACACACAAAAAUCCCAAAAAUUUUCCAGAUCCAGAGAAAUUCGACCCUUCAAGAUUUGAAGGGAAAGGUCCUGCACCAUACACUUUCGUACCUUUCGGAGGAGGACCUCGAAUGUGUGCGGGGAAAGAAUAUGCUCGGUUGGAGAUUCUUGUUUUCAUGCACAAUGUGGUGACAAAAUUUAAAUGGGAGAAAAUGAUUCCGGAAGAAAAGGUUGUGAACGUUUCAUUUCCCAAGCCAGUCAAUGACCUUCCAAUUCUCCUCCUACCUCAUUUCAUAGGACCUGAGUAA